GGCGGCGGCGAGCGCGCGGCAGCGGCGAGCGCGCGGCGCCCAUUCAUGAUCCAGCGCGCGGGGCCGGUGCCCGGUAAAACGGAGCCGGUGCCCGGUGAAGCGGCGCCGGUGCCGCCGCCGCCGCCGUCAUGGAGACAUCGGGGCAUCUGCACGACUCGGGCGUGGGGGACCUGGAGGAGGACGGCCGCUGUCCCUGCCCCUUACCGGGGGAUGAGCGGCCGCCGCCUCCCGCCGCGCUGCCGCCGCUCCAGCACAGCCUGUUGCACUCCUCGCCCGGGUCGCUGCGGGCCCCUCCUCCUCCUCCCGCCGCCCCCGCCGCCCUCCACCCUUCCUCCCGCCACGGCAGCCAGCUCAACCUCGGCGACCACCCGGCGGGCUCCGGGGUGGCGAGCGGCAAACACCGGCAGCCCAGCCCGCUGGUGCACCGGCGGGACAGCAACCCCUUCACCGAGAUCGCCAUGAGCUCCUGCAAGUACAGCGGCGGCGUGAUGAAGCCCCUCAGCCGGCUCAGCGCAUCCCGGCGGAACCUCAUCGAGGCCGAGCCAGAGGCGCAGCCCCUGCAGCUCUUCGGUACCGGGGGACCCCCCGAGAUCGUCGUCUCACGUGAGGACAACCACGCGCCCGCUGCCCGCUGCCCCAGCCGCCCGCCGGCUCACCCGGCCCCCGCCACCUUUGCCAAGGGGCCCAAGCGCAAGGCGCAGAACAUCGGCUACCGGCUGGGGCACCGCCGGGCGCUCUUUGAGAAAAGGAAGCGCCUCAGCGACUACGCGCUCAUCUUCGGCAUGUUCGGCAUCGUCGUCAUGGUCAUCGAGACCGAGCUCUCCUGGGGGCUCUACUCCAAGGACUCCAUGUUCUCCCUGGCCCUAAAAUGUCUUAUCAGCCUCUCCACCAUCAUCCUGCUGGGCCUCAUCAUCGCCUACCACACGCGGGAGGUGCAGCUCUUUGUGAUCGACAAUGGCGCUGAUGACUGGCGGAUAGCGAUGACAUACGAGCGCAUCCUCUACAUCAGCCUGGAGAUGCUGGUUUGUGCCAUUCACCCCAUCCCCGGGGAGUACAAAUUUUUCUGGACAGCCCGCUUGGCUUUCUCCUACACGCCUUCCCGGGCAGAGGCAGAUGUGGACAUCAUCCUGUCCAUCCCCAUGUUCCUGCGCCUCUACCUGAUCGCUCGUGUGAUGCUGCUGCACAGCAAGCUCUUCACUGAUGCCUCCUCGCGCAGCAUUGGAGCACUCAACAAGAUCAACUUCAACACCCGCUUUGUCAUGAAGACUCUUAUGACCAUCUGCCCCGGGACGGUGCUGCUGGUCUUCAGCAUUUCCCUUUGGAUCAUCGCCGCGUGGACGGUCCGGGUGUGUGAGAGGUACCAUGACCAGCAGGAUGUAACCAGCAACUUCCUGGGUGCCAUGUGGCUCAUCUCUAUCACUUUCCUCUCCAUCGGCUAUGGUGACAUGGUCCCACACACCUACUGCGGGAAGGGUGUCUGUCUGCUCACUGGCAUCAUGGGUGCCGGCUGCACGGCACUGGUGGUGGCCGUGGUGGCCAGGAAGCUGGAGCUCACCAAAGCUGAGAAGCACGUCCACAACUUCAUGAUGGACACGCAGCUGACAAAGCGGAUCAAGAACGCAGCAGCCAAUGUCCUCCGGGAAACGUGGCUCAUCUACAAGCACACCAAGCUGCUGAAGAAGAUCGACCACGCCAAAGUCAGGAAGCACCAGAGGAAGUUCCUACAAGCCAUUCACCAGUUGCGGAGCGUGAAGAUGGAGCAGCGGAAGCUCAGUGACCAAGCCAACACCCUGGUCGACCUCUCGAAGAUGCAGAACGUGAUGUACGACCUCAUCACGGAGCUCAACGACCGCAGCGAGGACCUGGAGAAGCAGAUCAGCAGCCUGGAGUCCAAGCUGGAGCAGCUCAGCACCAGCUUCAAUUCCCUGCCACUGCUGAUGGCCGACAUGCUGCGCCAGCAGCAGCAGCGCCUGCUCGCCGCCGUGCUGGAGGCGCGGGGUGUCAGCGUGCCCGUGGGCACCCCCCAAACUCCUCUGUCCGAGAGCCCCAUCGGGGUCAGCUCCACCUCCUUCCCCACCCCUUACACGAGCUCAAGCAGCUGCUAAAGCGCAGCCCCUGGCUCCCGCCAUGGACAGGGGCAGCGCCUCUGCGCAGGUCCCGAGGUCUCCAUGGAUUUGGUCCUCGCGCUGCCGCAGGGCCCCUUCGGCCGGAGCCGGUGGGACCAGCGGUGCCGAGCGCCGCUCGGAGCUUUGCCAACGCCUUGGUAUUGGGAACCACAUCCCCGUUCAGGUGCCUCUACACGUGGUGAAGGAAGGGGAUGGGAGGCAAUGCCUCGGGCGAGCCCGCGCCGCGGAGGCCGGUGGCGGACGGAAAACCCACGCUCAAUCUCAGGUCUUCACAUAGGAAAAUGGAACAAAGCAGCGAGUCAGCAGCACUGCAGCAAUGGAGACACUGGAGGGGAGAGUUUUCCUCCCCUGCCCCUCUCAGCAUUGCAAAGCAGAGGCCGACACGGUGGUUCCUUGCACAGGCUCCGACCUAUGCUGCCUACGCGCCAUCCCAUCUCAUUACCUGGACACGCAGGCACCCCCCCUUGCAUUGUUGGGUGGGUGACAGUGGCCAUAACCUGCCGUGGGCUUCUCUGGAGGUGUGAGCGGGUCCACCCCAGGCAGAACAAGGAUGCUUCUCCCUUCUGCUCCUCCCUGGAGUCGUGCUGGAGCUUGGAAGGUGGUGUCUAACCAUGCGUGGAUGCAGGGCCAGGCAGGGGCUGGCAGGCCAGCCUGGGCGCCGCGGGGCUCUGGUGCUCACAUUGCUGCCCACCCCCAGCAUCCCAGGAAGCUGAUGGGCUCUUUGCUGGAUGAGAAACCACAUUAGCACCCGGUGCGCCGGGGCCGAGCCGAGGCCCACUGGCAAGGGAUGUGGUGGUGGGGAAGGUGCUUCAUCUGUUUAAAACCAGCCUCUGUGCCACUGCUGCUGGGUUUGGUGGGGACCCAUCCACCCAGGUACUUAUAGAACCAGCCCUUUCCUGUUCUGCUUUCCCCAUUUCCCCCUUUUUCCUCCCCGGUUCUGCCCCAUGGCUGUGCUGGGCUCUGCCUGGGCCCUGUGUGGAGCCUGGCAGCAGCUCUGGGGCUGCUCUUUGCUGCUUUCAAUGAAAACCCAGCAGAGGCUAUUUCUGUAUUUUUAAACAGAUGAAGGAACCUGUAAUUACUCCCCGAUAUUAAUUACAGCUCAGCCGGCAGUGUCAGUAAUUGUAAUCAAAGUCACUGUGUUACUCCAGGUAUACUCAGCCUGUAAUCUCCUUUGUAACUCUUUCCCUCCCGUAAAUAAUGCUGUAUUUUGUGCACACGGAGGCACAGAUGGAUGAGCCUGAUGCCGAAGAAGAGGAGGAGGAAGGCUGCCAGCCUUUUCCCAUCCUCGGCCGGCAGGAGAUACCUGGCUUCUGGGAAUGAGCUGCUCUUCCAAGCUCUUGUCAUUAGUGUAAUUGAAGGGCAGGCAGAGGCCGGGAUGCCUUUGGCAGCCCCCCCCAGCUCUAUUCUGAGCUCUGCUGCUGCUCCCCAUGUGCUGCAGGUGACCCUCAGCCCGAGCUGGCUUCUCUGCAGAGUGGAUUCCAGCAUGGCAAUGGACAGAAGGUUCAUUCUCAGUGGAGAAUGAGCCCGACAUGCAGGAUCUGCACCAGAGGAAAGCAUUUCCGUGCCUCUGCUGGGGUGCAAGGAGGAACAAGCUGCAGUGGGGCUGCAUGGGGCGAGGAGCAGAGCUGUGUCUGGGGACCAGAGCCAGAGGAAGGAUCGAUGCUCCAGAAUCAAUGUCGCAGUGGGACCCUCCUCACAGGCUAAUGAUCGAGUCUGGGUAAUGAAACCAGGAUGAACCGAGGCACUGGCAGCUGCUGGGACCCGAGGUGUGGCGAGCACCAGUGGGGAGAGCUUUGGAGCGCAACCGGUGCAAGAGAGCCGUGUCCUGGGGCAGAGCAGAGGGAUUUCACCAGGGAUGGCAGGAGCUGGGCAGGGAUCUCUGCAUCCACACAGCCUGCAUCUGACACCCUGCAUCUCACCUUGCAUCUCACACCCUGCAUCUCACACCCUGCAUCUCAUAGCCUGCAUCUCACCCUGCAUCUCACUCCCUGCAUCUCACUCUGCAUCUCACUC